AGCCGGAGCCUGCAGAGCGGGGGUCGGAGGGACUGCGCGCCGCCGCCGCCGCUGGAGCCUGGGGGCCUGGGAGGCGACGACCGAAUCAUGUGGCUGGAGAUUCUCCUCACCUCGGUGCUGGGCUUUGUCAUCUACUGGUUUGUCUCCCGGGACAAGGAGGAAACGUUGCCUCUUGAAGAUGGGUGGUGGGGGCCCGGGGCAAGGCCCGCAGCCGCGGAGGAUGGCAGCAUCCGCCCUUUCAAGGUAGAGACCUCCGAGGAGGAGAUCCAGGACUUACACCGGAGGAUUGACAGGGUCCGUUUGACCCCACCUUUGGAGGACGUGCGUUUCCAUUUUGGCUUCAACUCCACGUACCUGAAGAAAGUCCUUUCCUACUGGCGGAAUGACUUUGACUGGAGGAAGCAGGUGGAUAUUCUCAACAGGUACCCCCACUUCAAGACUAGGAUUGAAGGGCUGGACAUCCACUUCAUCCACGUGAAGCCCCCCCAGCCACCAUCUGGCUGCACCCCAAAGCCCUUGUUGAUGGUGCACGGCUGGCCCGGCUCCUUCUACGAGUUUUAUAAGAUCAUUCCGCUCCUGACUGACCCCAGGAGCCACGGCCUGAGCGAGGAGCAUGUGUUUGAAGUCAUCUGCCCUUCCAUUCCUGGCUACGGCUUCUCGGAGGCAUCCUCCAAAAAGGGCUUGAACUCCGUGGCCACGGCCAGGAUCUUUUACAAGCUGAUGCUGCGGCUGGGCUUCCGGGAAUUCUACAUUCAGGGCGGGGACUGGGGGGCCCUGAUCUGCACCAACAUAGCCCAGAUGGUGCCCAGCCACGUGAAAGGCCUGCACUUGAACAUGGCUUUCAUUGUAAAUCCUGGCAUCCUGACCCUCCUUCUGGGACGGCGUUUCCCGCGGCUUUUCGGCUACACGCAGAGGGAUAUGGAGCUGCUGUUCCCCUUCAGGGAGAAGGUUUUCUACAGCUUGCUAAGGGAGAGCGGUUACAUGCAUAUCCAGUGUACCAAACCCGACACCGUGGGCUGCGCUCUGAACGACUCCCCCGUGGGCCUUGCUGCCUAUAUCCUGGAGAAGUUUUCUACCUGGACCAACUCGGAGUUUCGAGACCUGGAGGAUGGAGGCCUGGAGAGGAAGUUCUCCCUGGAUGACCUGCUGACCAAUGUCAUGCUCUACUGGACAACGGGCACCAUCGCCUCCUCCCAGCGCUUCUACAAGGAGAACCUGGGCCAGGGCUUCAUGGCCAACAAGCACGACCGGAUCAAGGUCCAUGUGCCCACAGGCUUUGCUGCCUUCCCUUGUGAGUUAAUGCAUGUGCCGGAAAAGUGGGUGAAGUUCAAGUAUCCGAAACUCGUCUCCUAUUCCUACAUGGCCCGCGGGGGCCACUUUGCCGCCUUUGAGGAGCCAGAGCUGCUGGCCCGGGACAUCUGCAAAUUCGUGGGGCUGCUGGAGCAGCGCUGAUGCCCGUGGGGCUGGCUGUCACCCACAGUUCCCCGGCCAACAGCUGUCCUUCCCGCCCCAGGGCCCUCCCAAGGAGCAGGGAGACCUCCCUCUUCUCUUUGCAAUGAUGUACGCCCCACACCUGUCCCCCCGCCCCUGCUGGCCCCCUGUUCACUGCCCCCCUCCAGCGCUCCCACACGCAUGUCAGUGAUGAUAAAUGAUUCUAUUCCUAA